CCAAGUGGAGGCCGGGGCCACAUCCAGGUAUUUGAGAAAGGAGAUUUUGGCGGGCAGAUGUUCGAAGCCACCGAAGACUGCCCUUCCAUCAUGGAGGAGUGGCACAUGCGCGAGAUCCACGCCUGCAGAGUGCUGGAGGGGGUCUGGGUUUUCUACGAGCAUCCCAACUACCGGGGCAGGCAGUACCUGCUGCUCAAGGGCGAGUACCGCAAACCUGUGGAGUGGGGAGCGGCCAGCCCCGCCGUCCAGUCCUUCCGCAACAUCACCGAGUAA